AUGUCUUCAUCACAAAAAAAUGUUUGGAAAUUCAAUUAUCAUUUAUGUUAUAUUUACAUGUUAACAUUACUACUAUUAUUCAUGAUGAAUUCUAUACAUGAAAUCAAUGGACAAAUCAAUGCAUAUAAUUGGAAGAAACAUUUACAAGAGGAUACAAAUUAUUUACCAAUCAAUAGAAUGACGCUGAAUUCUCUAUUGAACAAUAAUAACGAUCAACCACAACCACAGCAACAACAAGCUUAUGAAGAGAAAACAAUUCGAACAAGAGCAGCUGAAAUUGUUCCACCAGAAAGACCAUUUAUAUUUGAAACACCUGAAGCAUUAAGAACAUAUUUACAUAAAUUAAAUGAAUAUUUUGCAAUUAUUGGUCGACCUAGAUUCGGUCGAAGAUGAUGUUGAUGAUGAUGACGAUGAUGA